GUAUGUAUAUAUGUAAAGAAAUGAAACAAUAUUAAUUUACAAGUCGGACUAUUUAAAUGCUGAUUCCAAUCAGUUCUAUACACUUUGAUUCUUGUGAGUUUAAUACACAACACAGAUCGCAUCAAUAUUUUGCAAAGUAAAUCAUGGAGCACUAUUGGAUACAAUCUUCAUCGGCAGACGAUUUGCCAGAGUUCGCGAUUGAAGGUGGUUAUGAUUGUGAUGGUACACCCAUCUAUUUAGGACGCGCCAUACAUGAAGAUGAUCUUUUACCAGCCAAAGUAAUACCGAGCAAGGGUUGUGCCUUUGUGUCAUGGGGUGGACAGGAAAUUCCAAAAAACCAUUAUGAAGUUCUUGUUGGACCGGGUUAUGGUUGGUGUCCCUGUGAAAAUGGAGAUGUGCCCUCCAAUGCAGUAUCUAGUGGAGUUACAUCUAGUGGUGAGCCAUUGUAUAUUGGGCGUGGCCAUCAUGCCAACAGCUUGAGUGUUGGUAAAGUACAUCCAUCGCAUAGUUGUUUGUAUAUACCAUUUGGAGGGCAAGAAACUAGUCUAAGCUCAUAUGAAGUAUUAGUAUGCGAAAACAACGACAAGUGGAUGCCCUCACCAUUGGAUCACACUCCUCACGAUGCCGUAGUAGCUGGAUACGACUCGGACGGCACAGCCAUCUUUGUAGGAAGAUCAUGGCAUGAAGGUCAAUUUAUACCGACGAAAGUUGUUCCUAGCAGAGGUGAAGCCUAUAUUUGUUAUGAUGGUUCCGAAAUCAAAAAAUUUGAAAUUGAAAUUUUGUGUGGAUACAAUUAUAAUUGGAUUAAUACUGAUUCCCAAAAUAUUCCUAACAAUGCUGUGUUUACAGACCGAUUUGAAGAUGGAGAACCUUUGUUUGUAGGUCGAGCUCAUCAUUGCGGCAGCUUGACUCUAGGUUUAGUUUCACCUGGGGAUCAUUGUAUAUUUAUACCCUUCGGUGGGCAGGAAAUACGCAAACAUGCGUUUGAUAUCCUAGUAAGACAAUGAGCAAAUAUUAUCGCAUAUCUGAAUGCACAUUAUAUGUGUAUAAUUAUAUUUUCAUAGAGAGAUAAUAAUAACAAAUGCAAUCUACAAACAUAAAAUUUCGAAUAAUUAUUAAAUAGUAUUUUUAAUCUAUUUUGAAACGUAUUAGUGUAAUACGAGUAUUGUUAAUUGGUUUAAAUCAAAUAAAUAAUUACUUAGUAACUUUUAAAAAUAUAUGAAUUUUGUUUUUACAGUGUUUUUGUUCAUAGAAUAUAAAAUCCAAUGAAAUAGAAUGCAAAAUCAUCAUUGCUAAUGGCAUUGUAAUAAAUGAGUUAAACCUAAAUGUAAUUUAACGGUUCAAUUGAUUUACCC